AUGAAGCCAGAAGGGAUCAGAUUCUCUCUACAGAGACCUCUACAGCAUAGCGAUCCAGCCAUGACCAGUUCUCAGGAUCUGACUCUGAACCACAAGCUCAGAAAGCCUCUGGUGGAGAAGUUACGCAGAGAGCGAAUCAACACCUGCAUUGAGCAGCUCAAGUCUCUCCUGGUUCCAGAGUUCCUCAAACAGCAGCCAGACUCCAACCUGGAGAAGGCAGACAUCCUGGAGAUGACCGUUUGCUUCCUGACACAGCUACAGCUGCAGAGAAACCUGCUGACGCACUCCAACAAGCUGCAGACUGCCUCUGAUGAGAAGCUGAAAGAGGCUGACUUCUCUAUUCUGAGCUCCACAGACCAGACCAGCAUCACCCAAUGCUCUCUGGAGACAAAAGACAACAGCGUCCUCUGGAGGCCGUGGUAGAACACUCACACUGGAGUCCAUACCAGACAAGCUAAACAGACCAUAUUGGUCAGACAUGACUGGACUGAAUUGUUUAAAAUU